GACGCUUCAAAUAUGAGCUGCCGAGGCUUCUUGCGCUCGAGCGAAACCCUGCGCGUUCACAUGUCGACCCAAAGCUCUGCACAGGGAACAAACUACGAAAAAUAACACGGAAGCAGUGUCUGGAGAGGAACAGCUGGAGUGAUUCUUAAUUAUCGUCCAGUUUCAGAAAUGAGCAGCGCAAAGAGCAAGAUGGAGGACGAGGCCGUCCUGGACCGAGGGGCGUCCUUUCUCAAACAUAUGUGCGAUGAGGAGGAAGUUGAAGGCCACCACACCAUCUACAUUGGCGUGCAUGUACCUAAGAGCUACAGACGACGGAGACGCCAUCGUCGGCGCACCAGCCACAAGGAGAGGAAGGAAAAGGUGCUGGAGCACACAGAGGAGAUGAGCAGCAGCAUCCUCAAACCUGUCGUUUCUCCAGCAGCCGAACGAAUUCGCUUCAUGCUGGGUGAGGACGAUGAUGGGCCAGCACCUCCGCAGCUUUUCACCGAGCUGGAUGAACUCCUCUCUGAGGAUGGCCAGGAGAUGGAAUGGAAGGAAACAGCCAGGUGGAUCAAGUUUGAGGAAAAGGUUGAAAAGGGUGGCGAGCGCUGGAGCAAACCUCAUGUGGCGACGCUCUCCUUGCACAGUCUGUUUGAGCUCAGGACGUGUAUAGAGAAAGGCACCAUCAUGCUGGAUCUGGAAGCUUCCACUCUGCCUCAGGUUGUGGAGAUGAUUACAGACAAUCAGAUCGAUUCUGGCCUUCUGAAGCCAGACCUGAAGGAUAAAGUCACCUAUACCCUGCUAAGGAAACAUCGUCACCAAACCAAGAAAUCCAACCUGCGCUCCCUGGCCGACAUUGGCAAGACGGUCUCCAGUGCAAGUAGGAUGUUUUCCAACAUGGAUAAUGCUCGUAGUUCAUUUGAGAGCCCGGUGCCUUGUCUAACAGUUUAUGCCUCUGAGGAAGAUCUGAGAGCCCCGGGAAGUCCGAACACCGGGUGGCCUCGUAGUCCUGCCACUGCACAUCGAAAUCUGAAGUCAAGCAGCAUGAAUGAUAUAUCUGAUAAACCAGAAAAGGAUCAGCUGAAGAACAAGUUUAUGAAGAAAUUGCCCAGGGAUGCCGAAGCCUCAAAUGUGCUAGUGGGUGAAGUGGACUUCCUAGAUGCACCAUUUGUGGCCUUUGUGAGGUUACAGCAGGCUGUCAUGCUGGGAGCACUAACAGAAGUGCCAGUUCCAACCAGGUUCCUGUUUAUUCUUUUAGGCCCCAAAGGCAAAGCCAAGUCAUAUCAUGAAAUUGGUAGAGCCAUCGCCACCCUUAUGUCUGACGAGGUUUUCCAUGAUAUUGCGUACAAAGCCAAGGACAGACAAGAUCUGCUUGCUGGUAUCGAUGAGUUCUUGGAUGAGGUCAUAGUUCUGCCUCCAGGUGAAUGGGAUCCUGCUAUCAGAAUAGAACCUCCAAAGUCUCUCCCAUCUUCAGACAAAAGGAAGAACAUGUACGCCGGAGGGGACAAUGCACAGAUGAAUGGAGGCAUGCCUCAUGACGGAGGUCAUAGUGGUGGAGGGCACACCAUUGGUGACGAGCUAAAAAAGACAGGCCGUUUUUGCGGAGGCCUUGUACUUGAUGUUAAAAGAAAAGCCCCAUUCUUUGGCAGCGAUUUCUAUGAUGCGCUGCACAUCCAGUCGCUGUCUACCAUCCUGUUCAUCUAUUUAGGAACAGUUACUAAUGCUAUCACAUUCGGAGGCCUUCUGGGAGAUGCCACAGAAAAUAUGCAGGGAGUUCUGGAGAGUUUUCUUGGCACAGCAAUAUCCGGUGCUGUCUUCUGCCUUUUAGCUGGACAACCCCUUACCAUCCUCAGCAGUACAGGGCCCGUACUCGUGUUUGAGAGACUCCUCUUCAACUUCAGCAGAGAUAACAAUUUUGAUUACCUGGAGUUCCGCUUGUGGAUUGGUCUGUGGUCAGCCUUCUUCCUCCUGGUGUUGGUAGCCACAGACGCCAGUUUCCUGGUACAAUACUUCACACGCUUCACAGAAGAGGGCUUUUCCUCGCUCAUCAGCUUCAUCUUCAUCUACGAUGCCAUCAAGAAGAUGCUGAAGCUUGCCCACUAUUACCCCAUCAACUCUGACUACAAAGUCGACCAUGUCAUGCAGUAUGAUUGCAUGUGUAUGGCACCCACUAUAGUAAACACCUCAGACGUGUUACCAGAUACAGCAGAAGAGACCUCUGAGUGGUUCCACAACUACACUGAUCUACCCUUAAAUGCUACUUGGUCCUCUUUGACAAAGAAGGAAUGCCUGAAGUAUGGUGGAGAGUUGGUGGGAAAUGCCUGCGAGUAUGUGCCUGACAUAACCCUCAUGUCCUUCAUCCUGUUUUUUGGCACCUACACCUGCUCUAUGUGUCUGAAGAAGUUUAAGACCAGUCCCUUUUUUCCCACCACGGUGAGGAAACUGAUCAGUGACUUCGCCAUCAUCUUGGCCAUUCUGAUUUUCUGCUGUGUGGAUGCUUUGGUGGGAGUUGACACACCAAAGCUAAUUGUGCCAAGCGAAUUUAAGCCAACAAGCCCUCAUCGUGGCUGGUUUGUGGCACCGUUUGGAGGCAACCCCUGGUGGGUUUACCUGGCAUCAGCCCUGCCUGCCCUGCUGGUCACCAUUCUGCUAUUUAUGGACCAGCAGAUCACAGCUGUCAUCAUCAACCGGAAGGAGCAUAAGCUGAAGAAAGGUGCAGGCUACCAUUUGGACCUGUUCUGGGUGGGUGUAUUGAUUGUGCUGUGCUCCUUCAUGGGUCUGCCUUGGUAUGUGGCCGCUACCGUCAUCUCUAUUGCCCACAUAGACAGUCUUAAGAUGGAGACGGAGACCGCAGCCCCGGGGGAGCAACCCAAAUUUUUGGGGGUCAGGGAGCAGAGAGUAACUGGGGUGUGUGUGUUCCUUCUCACUGGAGUCUCUGUCUUCAUGUCUCCCAUACUUAAGUUUAUCCCCAUGCCAGUCCUCUAUGGAGUCUUCCUCUAUAUGGGUGUGGCUUCACUCAAUGGAGUACAGUUCAUGGACCGCCUGAAGCUGCUUUUGAUGCCUGCCAAGCACCAGCCAGACCUGAUCUAUCUGCGGCAUGUGCCACUGCGCAAAGUUCACCUCUUCACCUUUAUCCAGCUGCUGUGCCUGGCUCUGCUUUGGAUUCUCAAGUCCACCGUGGCUGCCAUCAUCUUCCCUGUCAUGAUCUUAGCUUUAGUGGCUGUGAGGAAGGGUAUGGACUACUUCUUCUCUCAGCAUGAACUUAGCUUCCUGGAUGAUGUCAUCCCAGAGAAGGACAAAAAGAAGAAGGAAGAUGAGAAGAAAAAGAAGAAGAAGGCAAGAGACAGCAUAGACAGUGAUGUGGAUGAGUCUGAUUACCCAUUCAGCGAGACCGUGCCCAGCAUCAAAAUCCCCAUGGAUAUGAUGGAGCAGGAGCCUUUUUUAGGGGAUAAGGCCUCUGAGAGAGAAAAGCCAUUUCUUGACCGAUACACGUCAUGUUAAUAGAAAGCGCUACUAUGAGGACAGUCCCAUAUCAAGUCCAGAGAACAUACCACUAAACGUGCCUCAAAUUAGAAUAGACUACGGUUCAGACAAUGAAGAUAGUGACUACUUCUGGAGGAGUCGAGGGUCCGAGGCAUAAUUUUAGCUCCACUCUAAAAUUAUGAAAUUUUAAAUCUACUCGGAUGGAAAUCCGUCAAAUCAAGGGAAGGAACUUCUGCUUGCCUGCCUGGACUCUCAACAUCUGGACUCUCACCUUCAUGGGUGCCAUUUUUAAACCUUCAUUUUGUUUCACACGAUAAAGCUCAUUCAUUAUUGCUUACUUCUUUGAAGAACACUGGCUGACAUAAUAAUUCCUACUACUAUGCAAUUCAUAUGCAAUUCAUUCUUGUGUUGAUCAACUGAAAAUGCUGUACCUGGUUUGGAGAGAAACACUUGGAGAGAAAACACUCCUCCAUUUCUAGGGGUGGGAAACUUUUUUUUUCUUUUGUAUAAGGAAUUACCAUUUUCCUGUAGCAGGAAAAUUAAUAUUUUGAUUUUCUCUCUUUUUUAUUAUUUUGUAGCUCUACCUCUGUAGACAGAAGGAAAUGUGUAAGAAAAAAGAAAUACUGAAAAAAAGACAGUGUUGAUUUUUUUUAUUCAUUCAGCAUGAGUUGUAUUGUUAAUAUCCUGCCUAUUGUACCUUCUGAACACAAAUUCGAACAGAAUAAUUGAAGAGUUACACCGUAUUACUAGAAUGGAGAAGAGUAAUACCCACAUGAAGUUUUAAUCUUUAAUCGUAUUGAUUUCUGCUUAGCCGUAUGAUCUUCCAGUAUUAUGAAAUACUUUGUUUCCCCUUUAAGAGUAAUGUAUAAUACAGGUUUAUCUCAGAUCUGAGCUAAUCAAUUCAUAACCAAAUAUCAUUCUAAAUUUCAUGCUUAUUCAUACAUUGCACUAUGGUUGUAUUUACUCAUGCACCACAUCUGGUUAUUACAGCUAUUCAUGUCUUCCUACUUUUCAACCUUUUCUCUGACUUUCUAAAGUGACCUAAAGAAAAAUGCACAAACAGGUAUUUCUGUAAAGGUCAUAUAUAUGAUGCGCUAUAAACACGUUCAUGUCGUCCCAUAAUGUAAAGCAAUAGAAUUCAUAGUCACAUUUUUGAAUACCUCAUGCAUUAUGAAUUGUUAACUAGGUGCACAGAGAGUGGAGCUGACACAAAGCAGUUUUUUUGACACCGAUUCUGAAUAACAGCUUAUCAAUACACAUCUGAUAUUGAUUUCUUUAGAAACGACCAAGCUUAAAGUAAUACAUAGCUAAAAGCACAACUUACACAAAAAUCUUUGACACAAUGGUUUCUUACAGUGCAAUCAUAACAUAUAAAAUGAAUUCAAAAUAAUAAAAUCAGGCCUGUAGUAUGUAAACAAAUUAAAAAAAUCUUUUUCCCCCUUUGCUAAUGAUGUAUAUAAUGCCUGUAAUGCUCUGAGCAGUAUACAGUAUUUCUGCAUUACAGCCACAUCCAUAAACAAUAAUAACAUUUCAGAAGCAAUUCUGACAAUAGUGUGUAUUGGAUAUAAAUGCAUUAAAAUAUGUCACGAAUGUAUGCAUAGUUUAAUUAUAUACAAGACCUUUACAGAAACUGGUGUCAACUUUACCUUCUGUGAAGCCUGUAUUCCUAAAUUUCAAAAUGAUUGCUCGUUGUGCACUAUUUUAUAUAUAAUGCCAGUAGUGGUUGGGUCACAUUAGUCAUUUCAUAAAUGCAGAAGAACAUUCAUAGUGUAUCUUUUCAUUUUCCAAGUGUGUGCUAUGCUGAGCAGCAGUUUGAAAAAUAUUUAAUUGGCUGGCUUUGUUAGCUUUCACCCUCCUUGAUGGGAAUCAGUAUGGGAAAGCAGACUUUCUGGUGGCUGGUAAUUGGUUAAGCCACUGAUUAGGAUGUUUGUAUACUACUAUGACUAAUCAAGUAAAACAAAGUGACAACUCUACUAUUGUAAACCCAAAUUUUCCUUGUUUGUGUCAGUAUGCAAGUUGGAAAAGGUUUAUGCCCAGGGUGUUCACAUUAUGAUCACAAAUAUGUUAUACCUACUUCAGAAAAGAUUUGCCAUUGUCUUGUCCUAAAACUAUCCUAUAAAAAUAUUUAAAUGUAUAAAUAAUACUAAAUUACAGUUCAAAGAAUAAAUGGAACAUACAUUUGUUAUGAAUACAGGCUGCAUAGAAAGUGUAAUCAAGCCUCUUGACUGAAUUUUAUAUCGCUUUCUACAUUAUUCACUUUUUUGUAGUCAGUAUCAGUUGUAGAGCUGGAAUUUCUAAAAUGUGAUUGCCACAUUUGAUUAUGUCUGUAUCGAGAAAAAAUUUCACUGUAUGUGUAUGUGUGAAAGUGUGUGCGCGCAUGUGUGUGUGGGUUUAAUUCUCCAGCCUUGUCCAUGUGUCCUCUACAUUCCGUGUAUUUUUUUUAAAGUCUUUUUUCACAAAACAAAAAACCAACAAAAAAAUAAAACAAUAAUUCUCGGUAAAUGAUGUCAUACCGAAUCACCAAGUUUUAACAAUGUACUGUAUAUCAAUGCAUUUUUAACUUAUAUUUUUGGGGGGUUGUGUAAUGAAACAGUGCUCGGUAAAUUCCGCAUAUUUAGAACGAAUCUUUAUGAAUAGAGGCUUGUUUUCAAACUACAGUAACAUUUUAAUUUUUUGAUAACAUUUUAGAGCGCACAGCUGAAGUGAUCAUUUUAGAAUGUAUAUUUUUGAAAGAAAUGAAUAUUAUAAUAAACUGAUUUUAAUAAACA